AUGGCCGACACGGGGCGGCUGCGGCACGGGCGGGCCGGGGCGGGGCCUCGCGACACGCCCGGACACGCCCCGGACACGCCCCGGACACGCCCCCGCACGGGCCCGGCCCGCCCCCAGCCGGAGGGAGCCGAGCGCUCACGGAAACGGCCGAGCGGCCCGCGGCCGCUCCCGGCCCCGGCACGGCGCGGGGCAGCCCAGCGCGGCAUGGCAGCCCCGGUGCUGCUGCUGGCCCUCGCCAGGCUGGUGGCAUCCACGUGGCACGAAGGCUCCGGCUACUACCUGGAGAGCCACACCAACGAGGUGUACGCGGAGGAGCCCCCGCCUGAGCCCGCCCUGGAUUACCGCCGAGUGCCCCAGUGGUGCGCCACGCUCAGCAUCCACCGCGGAGAGGCCGCCUGCUACUCCCCGCGGGGCAGCUCGUACCGCAGCAGCCUGGGGACGCGCUGCGAGCUGAGCUGCGCCCGCGGCUACCGCCUGGUGGGCCCGAGCGCCGUGCGGUGCCUGCCCAGCCGCCACUGGUCGGGGAUGGCCUACUGCCGACAAAUCCGGUGCCACGUGCUGCCCGCCGUGCUGCGGGGCUCCUACGUGUGCUCGGCGGGCGUGCAGAUGGAUUCCCGCUGCGACUACACCUGCCAGCCCGGCUACCAGCUGGAGGGCGACCGGAGCCGCGUCUGCAUGGAGGAUGGGCGCUGGAGCGGCAGCGAGCCAGUCUGUGUAGACCUGGAGCCUCCCAAGAUCCGCUGCCCAGACUCCCGGGAGCGCAUAGCAGAGCCGGGCAAGCUGACGGCCACCGUGUACUGGGACCCGCCCCGGGUCAGGGACUCUGCUGACGGUGUCAUCAAGAGGGUGACGCUGCGGGGCCCGGAGCCCGGCUCGGAGUUCCCGGCAGGAGAGCAUGUGAUCCGCUACACCGCCCACGACCAGGCUUACAACCGCGCCAGCUGCAAGUUCAGCAUCCGCGUCCACGUGAGGCGCUGCCCUGUCCUCAAGCCCCCGCAGAACGGGUACAUCUCCUGCACCUCCGACGGCAACAACUACGGCGCCACCUGCGAGUACCUGUGCGACGGGGGCUUCGAGCGGCAGGGCACCUCCCUGCGGGUGUGCCAGUCCAGCCAGCAGUGGACGGGCUCCCAGCCCCUCUGCGCCCCCAUGCAGAUCAACACGGACGUGAGCUCGGCCGCCAGCCUGCUGGAUCAGUUCCACGAGAAGCGCCGCCUCUUGGUCAUCUCGGCCCCCGACCCCUCGAACCGCUACUACAAGAUGCAGAUGUCCAUGCUGCAGCAAGCCGCCUGCGGGCUGGACCUGCGGCACGUCACCACCGUGGAGCUGCUGGGACAGCCCCCGCACGAGGUGGGGCGCAUCCGGGAGCACCGGCUGUCCCUGGGCAUCAUCGAGGAGCUCAGGCGCUACCUGCACCUCACACGCUCGCACUUCAACGCCGUGCUGCUGGACAAGGCGGGCACGGACCGCGAGCGCUACAUCGCCCCGGUGAGCCCCGACGAGCUGUUCGUGUUCAUCGACACGUACCUGCUGAGCGAGCGGGAGGCGGCGCGGCGGGCACAGAGCGGGGACCCCUGCGAGUGA